GGGAAUGGAGCUAGACACGGAGCUGCUCUUGCAAGAGGCUCGCGAGAGCAUCGAGGCGGCGCGCACCUACCGCCGGGAGCUGCAGCAGCGCCUCAAGGGGCUGCACCUGGCCCGCCAACAGUGAAAACAAACAGGCAGACCCAACUGAGUGCUCGUAUUGGGAAAAUGAAAUGGAGGAAACAAGAUGAAGGGCAGAGGGAUGGUUCAUGCAUGAUGGAGGAUGACUCUGUAGACACUGAGAAUGAGAACAAUAAUCGCUUCGAAGAGUACGAAUGGUGUGGACAGAAUUGGAUACGAGCCACCACCCUACUGGAAGGGGGAUUUCGAGGAUCUGGGUUUGUCAUGUGCAGUGACAAGGAGAAUCCAGGCAGUGAUGCUGACCUCGAUGUGGAUGGAGACAACACACUGGAAUAUGGGAAACCACAAUACACAGAAGCAGAUGGCAUUCCAUGUACUGGGGAACAACCAGGGGAAGCUAAAGAGAGAGAGGCGCUUCGUGGUGCUGUCUUAACUGGUGGCACACCUAGUACCAGAAUAACACCCGAAUACUCUAAGUGGGCAAGUGACAAAAUGCCAUCAACAAGUAAUGGGGAAAGCAGUAAACAGAAGCCCAUACAAAAGACCUGCAAGAACAGUGACAUAGAAAGGAUUACAGAAGAUUCAGCAGUGACGACAUUUGAACCGCUAAAUGCUUGCAUCCAUGACUUAGAAAGGCAACUCUCCCAUGGCGACCACUAUAAAUGUCUCAUUUGCAUGGACUCAUACACAAUGCCCCUGAAGUCGAUUCAGUGCUGGCACGCACACUGCGAGGAAUGCUGGCUACGGACUUUAGGUGCCAAGAAGCUGUACCCUCAAUGCAACACCAUCACCUCUCCAGGGGAUCUCAGGUGCAUCUAUUUAUGAAGGACAUGGCUCCUCGGACCAGAUUGCUACACCAUGGGGAUUGGGGGAAAGGAAUGGCAGCAGCGGCAGCAAGAGACAUUUACAAACAAACUAGAGACUCCAAAUGUGGACUAGAGGCUGAAGGUGCCCCACAAUACCUCUGCUUCCAAACCUGCCAUUGGCACUGCCAACUCCACAAGAAGUCCAAACCAUAAUCUUUAUUGUGAAUCUCCACCCUGCCCUUACAGACUGAUGUUCUGCACCUGUCCCAUUUCGCCAUGAACUGGGGUUCCAUCGUGGAUGACCUGCAAGCCUUUUCAGGGGAACGUCUUGGGAGUCAAGCCGCCCUAUGAGCCAAUCUGGGAAGGGACUGGAUCUUCCACAGCAGGAACCAUCCCAAGCUGUAAUUUGUGUUCUUAUCCCCCUCCUUUUCUGUGGUGGUCUAGUGGUUUUAAAAACAAAAUGCCUACACCCACACUUCCACAAAGGCAGAAUGAAGCACAUGUAAUAUAAACUCUAUAUGUUUACAGUGUUUACAUUACAACAUCCUAGGCCUCUGAGAGAGGCUCGGAUUGUAACUAAAGGCCAACCAUCAGCUAAAGAACUGGCAGCUGUGAGAGUAAAGAAAAUUAAAACAACAACAACAGUAGUA